AUGACCCGAGGGCCACCCCCAAUGAACCAACCAAUGGGCUUCGGCGGGGAUGGCUCAACAGCGACAUUUGAGGGCACAAGAGCUUCUGGGCUCUCACUUUAUCCUCUCCACGAAAGUAGGAGGGCAGCCCUCUCGGGCACUGACAGGGCUGCCUCUUGCCCUGCCAAAGAUUACCAGUUAGACCCACAGACUGAAUUUCACUUGCUGGUUUUUUCCCCCCCUAAAGAAAACUUCGUUUCGCACAAGCUCAGAUUUUUGCCCGUAAGCUUGGGAUCACAGAACUGGUUACAGCCUAAUCCCACUUCUGAAGCAGAUGCUCCUCUGGGUCAGGCGCUCCGUCGUCUCCCCACCAGGUGUGGGGAAACGACGCCCCCUCCUCCCGCUGGGGAGAUUCUGGAGAGGAGGCUGACGCUAACUUGGGAGGGGGAAACAGGAGAGACCCAGAGACCCGCCGUGCCGACGUGGGCUUCUCGGGAGAGAUGGGGAAGUUGGCCAAGUUGGGGUCCAAGCCUUGAGUCCACGACUGCAACUGCUCAGGAGAGCCCUGCGUGCCUCCUCGGACCUCUAACCCCAUGCCCGUCCUCCACAUCCCGUCCUUACAUCGAGCCCAGGUCGCCCACUUUCUAUUAUCCUCCGCGGCGCUGCUUACCACUGCGAUCAUCCCGAGGCUCACCCGGCGGUCGCCCCCUACCUGGACCCUGCGGAAGCAGAAGAGGAGUUGGCAGCUUCACUCCCGGAAGUAACUUAAGACGGCGAAGGAGAGUGCCCGGCCUUCCCGACCAUAGAUGAGAGGUCGCACUGUUUCCCAGCCCCC